CACUGAUAGUAUCUGUACCCAGCCCAUCUCCUCCUUCCUCAGGUACGAACUACUACUCCGGCUCCAUCAGGUCGACUAAAGGGCAACUGCCCCGCCAGCCGCAGCAACCCAAAGGUCCCGUCCCCCGCCAGCAACGCCCAGGGGAGAAGCAUGAGCGACAUUGCCGCAGGGAAUACCUCUGUCGCACCGACUUCACCGUCCAAACAGGAGGUGUCCAAUGUAGUGCAAAGCGAAGAUCCUAAGGACGCCAAGGCCUUCUAUGACAAACUGGCCCCCAAGAAGAAGCCUAGGCUACCCAAGCCGCAGAAUGCCAUUACCAUUGCCGUCUCCUCCAGGACCCUGUUUAAUAUGGUGGAGGAGAGGAAGAUAUACGAGCAGCUGGGAGUAGAGAAGUACGUGCAAUAUCAGCAGGACCAUGAGACUGAGCCCCUGAAAACUGGGCCUGCCUUCCCCUUUGUAAAGGCUGUGGAAGAAGUUAAUAACCAGCUCCGAGAGCUCUACCCUGACAGCGAGGAGCUGUUUGAUAUCGUGCUAAUGACGAACAACCACGCCCAGGUUGGAGUGCGGCUCAUAAACAGCAUCAAUCACUACGGCCUGAACAUUGAGCGUUUCUGUCUGACUGGAGGCAAAUCUCCGAUUGGCUACCUUAAGGCCUAUUUAACUAACCUGUACCUGUCGGCAGAUUCAGAAAAGGUUCAGGAAGCCAUUGCAGAAGGUAUUGCAGCUGCCACCAUGUUUAUAGCAAAGAAGGACACAGUUCUGUCAGAGAAACAGCUAAGAGUAGCAUUUGAUGGCGAUGCCGUUUUAUUUUCUGAUGAGUCAGAGCAAAUUGUGAAAGAGCACGGCCUGGACACCUUUUUUGAACACGAGAAGGCGUUUGAGAACAAGCCACUUGCACAGGGUCCUUUGAAAUGCUUCUUGGAAGCCUUGGGGAAGCUCCAAAGGAAGUUCCAUGCCAAAGAUGCACGUUUGAACUGCCCAAUCAGAACCUACUUGGUGACUGCCAGAAGUGCUGCAAGCUCAGGGGCCAGAGCCCUUAAGACCUUGCGCAGUUGGGGUUUGGAGGUCGACGAAGCGCUCUUCCUUGCAGGUGCCCCUAAGGGCCCCAUUCUGGAGAAGAUACGCCCUCAUCUUUUCUUUGAUGACCAGAUGUUUCACAUAGAGGGAGCCCAGGACCUUGGUACCAUUGCUGCACAUGUACCUUAUGGUAUUGGCCAGAAGUACAACAAAUCAACCCCAAAGGAGAGUAACAAGAAGUAAUGUGAUGGUGUUAGGAGGGUCGUUCUGCUGUGACAACUUAUAAUAGGUCUCAUAUAGGAAUUUCCCCCCUGAAUAGCAUUUGAUGCUAUUUUAUUGUGGUUGUAAGUGGCCUUCAGGUUAUAUUACCCUCUAUUUCAUGCCAUAUCACUUGCGGUUAUUGGGAUCAGUAUUGCUAUGAAGUUUGAAUCACAAGCAAUCAUAAAAAUACCUAGAUAUGAGCUCAAACCUAUAUUGCUAAUCUUCUUUGCACAAUGACCUCCUCCCUUCCUUAACAACACAA